GGGGGCUCAGUCCGCAGCCACCGCCGCCGCCGCCGCGCUCCGGCUCCUGAGCAGGCAGCCGCCGCCGCUGCGGUCUCCUAGACAGCUGCGCGGGCGAGCAUCCCAGGCAGCAGUUGGAGGCUGUUUUCAACUAUAUCCAGCCCUUCCAGGAUAAAUCCUGUUCUUCACACAUCCAACGUGAGGUCCCUCCAGCUAUAAAGUGGGCACUAUGGCUGAGAAGUUUGACUGCCACUACUGCAGGGACCCCUUGCAGGGGAAGAAGUAUGUGCAGAAGGAUGGCCACCACUGCUGCCUGAAGUGCUUUGACAAGUUCUGCGCCAAUACCUGCGUGGAGUGCCGCAAGCCCAUCAGUGCGGACUCCAAGGAGGUCCACUAUAAGAACCGCUUCUGGCAUGACACCUGCUUCCGUUGUGCCAAGUGCUUUCACCCCUUGGCCAGUGAGACAUUUGUGUCCAAGGACAACAAGAUCCUGUGCAACAAGUGUGCCACUCGUGAGGACUCUCCUAGGUGCAAAGGGUGCUUCAAGGCCAUUGUGGCAGGAGACCAGAAUGUGGAGUACAAGGGUACCGUCUGGCACAAAGACUGCUUCACCUGCAGCAACUGCAAGCAAGCCAUCGGGACCGGAAGCUUCUUCCCUAAAGGGGAGGACUUCUACUGCGUGACUUGCCAUGAGACCAAGUUUGCCAAGCAUUGCGUGAAGUGCAACAAGGCCAUCACAUCUGGAGGAAUCACUUACCAGGAUCAGCCCUGGCAUGGCGAGUGCUUUGUGUGUGUUACCUGCUCUAAGAAGCUGGCUGGGCAGCGUUUCACCGCUGUGGAGGACCAGUAUUACUGCGUGGAUUGCUACAAGAACUUUGUGGCCAAGAAGUGUGCUGGAUGCAAGAACCCCAUCACUGGGAAAAGGACUGUGUCAAGAGUGAGCCACCCAGUCUCUAAAGCUAGGAAGCCCCCAGUGUGCCACGGGAAACGCUUGCCUCUCACCCUGUUUCCCAGCGCCAACCUCCGGGGCAGGCAUCCGGGUGGAGAGAGGACUUGUCCCUCGUGGGUGGUGGUUCUUUAUAGAAAAAAUCGAAGCUUAGCAGCUCCUCGAGGCCCGGGUUUGGUAAAGGCUCCAGUGUGGUGGCCUAUGAAGGACAAUCCUGGCACGACUACUGCUUCCACUGCAAAAAAUGCUCUGUGAAUCUGGCCAACAAGCGCUUUGUAUUCCACCAGGAGCAGGUGUAUUGCCCCGACUGUGCCAAAAAGCUGUAACUUGACAGGGGCUCCUGUCCUGUAAAAUGGCAUUUGACCCAUGCUUUGUGUCCUUGCUCUCUCUACCCUCUGCACCAUCGAUAAGGGAAGAGUGGGUUUCACCUCUUUAAAUUCCUCUGUCUGUCUUUUCUCCCAUUUUACAGUAUGAUUCAAAAAAGGGCACACCAUGAUCAUAUUAGGAUAUAGUGAAAAGUAACCUUGCAGCCAAAUUAAUUUCUCUAUGCUGCAAUGGGAAAACAGAAACUUAGACUGACUCGUCUGCAUGUUUCUCAUAGAGCAGAAAAGUGCUAGCCAUGUAGCCACUUCGUGAAGUAAGAAGCACAGGUGGUAAGGCCCCACUGAGAUGCCUUUGGGGACUCAGUUGGAGCCUAUCCUGUUGUGUCCUCGGCACAUGAUACUCAAGAGUUGCAGCGGCUGCUGCCAUCUCACUGCUCACCCCUUCUGUGAGCAGAAAAAGAACUUGCCAGAAUGCAUGGUUUAACUUACUCAUGAAAACUUUGACUAUCUUUCUGUUUCUUUCUGCUUUCACGUGACUAACAUAAAUUUCCAGAAAAUUAACAUUUGAUCAUAGCUAUAAUAUUCAACUGACCUUCCCCCAUACUAACAUUUGAUUUUUUUAAUGUGGCACAUUUUCUGGGCAUUCCCACUUUAAAGCAGGGAACAGACAGGUGAUUUGGAAAGUCUGAGCAGACCUGAAAAAAGAGCCUGUUUCAGAACAUCGCCACAGUGAACAUUUCUGGAAGCUUAACAAAACUAACCCUCCUGUCCUUUUUAUUUUUUAAUUAAGAUUUUUGUUUCAAUGAAUAGCAAAAUAGAUUAUGGGUUUGGAAACUUGCAUGAUAAUAUUUGAGCCUCCUCAGACACUUUGCAGUUUUGCGAUUCGUCUUAGAGAAAGGGAAAAUAAAAUUCUAGAGGGGUAGCUGAGCAGGCACCAGGGGUGCCAUCAAGGUGAAUAUGACAUUUCAAAACCGUGACAAGUUGAAUCCCUUGUAACAUAGUAUUGUCUUCACUUUGUCCAUGUGUUCAAGAAGACUGCAAAGUCUCUUUUCUUGUGAUUCUUAGGACUUUUUCUCAAGAGCUUAGCUGGAUCUCUGGGGGAACUGGAGGCCACCGUCCUCACAGGCGGAACUGCUUUUCACCUCCUGCUUCCCUGAAAUGCAGGAUCAUCUACUCACUGUAUUCUCCGUUAUGAUAUUACAUAUAUAAUGAGACAAUAUCAGAAGUAAACAUGUAAUGACAGUACAUAUUCACAUUCUUGUAGGAGUGGUUGUAGACACCAAUGCAUUUCCGCAUUGUCAUUAGCUGUUACCAUCUAACGUUGACUGCAGUGUAUCCAUUCAAGAAUAAAGAAGCAUAGAGAGAA